AAAUAUCAAAAACCCCAUCUUAACAGUCUUAACUGUCAACAAUAACAAAACCAGAAUCCAAAAAAUGGCGUUAAGUAUCUCCUUCAACAACCAUAAACCACUCUGUACUAACAAUUUCAAAACCCUAGGUACCACUACCAUUGCAAGCCAUAGUUACAGUAGCUUAAGCUUUACAGGUUCUAUGAAAAUCCAAAGACCAAAGCAUCCCAAUUGCAGCAAUAAAUUGGAUACAGACUCGGCUCAAAACACUCAUAACCAGCCAGCAGAUGAGGGAGUUGACAGUUUAGGAGUUAAAGCUGCAUUGUCAAUACUCAGAUUCUACAAAAGGGAGAUCUCUCCGGUGCUACCGAGAAGUUGUAGAUAUGUUCCGACGUGUAGUGAGUAUUCGAUGAUUGCUUAUAAGAAGUAUGGUUUUGUUAAAGGCUCGGCCUUGACUGUUUGGCGUAUAUGUCGCUGUAAUCCUCUUGGUGGUUCUGGAUUUGAUCCUCCGCGGUGGUUUGAUGAGGAAACUCCACCUCAAGAAUGAGAUCUUCUAAUCUUUUCGGGUUGUUGGAGCUUUAUCCAUUUCGAUUUCAGCCAGGUUAUAUGCUUUCAAACAGAUUUGUAAUAUGAAGGUAGCAUACGUUGCCAACGAUCAAAUAGGAGGGAGCUGAUAGUCGAUGCACUUUAUUCCAAAAUUAACACUUUCUUGACGGAAUGUGAUGAAAAUCCAACAUUGGAAAAAUAUGAAUAUAAUGAAAAAAAAAUACAAAAAGAAGGGAUCCAUUAACUUAUUGUCUUAGGGGUUUCGGGUUGAUUGUGGUGUCUGAGUUGCUUUUUUGAACUUAUGAAUGUAUUUUUUACAUUGCGCUCCUUCAGGUGAUAUGGAUCGGAAAGUAGUGAUGUCAGUUUGAUCUCGUAUUUCUCAGUUGAUGCGAUCGAGAAAGAAGAUUGCAGUACUUGUUUUUAGCUGCAGGAAUUUAUAUAGAUUCCAUUAAGAAAAGGUGUUGAUAUGUUAGUGAUUGUAUCUGCUCUCUGUUCCAUUUUAUAUCUAUAAAGAGCCAUUUUACAAACUGCUUUUAUAACGUGUUCUAUAUUUGUAACCUGCAUACUUAUUGUAAAAAUGUAAUGAAAAAAUUGUCAUCAAAUGUACAUUACAAGGUUCUGCAA